AUGCCGUUCACACUGCCCAAGACGUACAAUGUCUACUUCCUGGCCAUCAUCUCCACAGUUGGAGGCAUGCUGUUUGGCUUUGACAUUGCGUCGAUGUCAGCUAUUGUAGUUACCGACCAGUAUAUUGACUACUUCAACAACCCAGCCGGGGCGCUGCAAGGCGCAAUCGGCUCAGCUCUUGCAGCAGGAUCCGUCAUUGGCUGUAUCAGUAUUUUGUGGUCAACACCCUUAUUCGCCGGCCCACUGUCUGACAAGAUAGGUCGUCGAGAUGCCUGUCCUUUCGCCUGCUUGUGGUGGCUUGCCGGCACUGCUGUACAAGUUGCAGUCACCUCUGCAGGCAUGCUGAUCGCUGGUCGUAUGCUGAACGGGGUUUGUGUUGGCACAACUUCGUCUCAAGUGCCUGUCUACUUAGCGGAGAUCGCGAAGAAGAAUAUGCGGCAGUUGACAAUCGAGGUCGGCAUCUUAUUGAUGUUCUUCAUCGGCUACGGCUGCUCAUUCAUCCCCGGACCUGCUGCCUUUCGCACUGCCUGGGGAAUUCAGUUCGUCCCGUGCUUCGUGCUUAUUUGCGGUUUGCCUUUCCUUCCUCGCAGCCCGCGUUGGCUCGCUAAGGUCGGACGAACCGAAGAGGCUGUGACUAUACUUGCAAAGAUCCAAGCCAAAGGUGAUGUAACCGACCCAAUGGUCAUUGCGGAGUGGGAAGAGAUUACUACGGUGCUUGCGGCGGAAAGAGAAGCACCUCCUGGAUGGCGUCGUUUCGUCGUCAAUGGCAUGUGGCGUCGCACUCUCGCGGGCUUCUCGGUGCAAGCAUGGCAGCAGUUGAGCGGUGCUAACGUUAUAACGUACUACAUCGUAUACGUCUUCUUAAUGGCCAACCUUUCUGGAAACGCAAACUUGACUUCUGGAGGCAUUCAGUACGCACUGUUUAUCGUCUUUACGCUUGUGACUUAUCUCUUCAUCGAUAAGACCGGUCGUCGACCUUUGCUCAUAUACGGCGCUCACGGGAUGGCUGUCUGCCACUACGUGAUUGGCGGCAUGCUCCUCUCCUACGGCGAGGCGGUACCCGGCGGCGUACAGGGCAACGCAAACGUCUUGGUUAGAGUCUCUGGUUCUCCAGCCUACACUGUCAUUGCGUUCUCGUAUUUGCUCAUCAUCGUCUACGCUCUGACGCUUGCGCCGAUUGCGUGGGUCUACGCGGCCGAGGUAUGGUCGCUCGAGACUCGAGCCUACGGUAUGUCAAUCGCAGCCCUGGGCAACUGGAUCUUCAACUUCGCAUUGGGUAUGUUCAUCCCAAGUGGCUUCAGGAACACGGGCGGUGGUUUGUUCCUCGUCUUCGGCACGCUUUGCGUUCUUGCCGCCAUUCAGUCAUUCCUGCUCUACCCCGAGACAGCGAGGAAGAGCCUGGAAGAGAUCGAGACCAUGUUCCACAAGAGUCGCCCUAAGCCGUGGCGCACACACCCUGGCAGUUCACAUUUGGAUGUCGAUGCCGAAGAAGUUAGGCGCAAGGCUUCGGCGCCGCAGCGGGAGGGAAAGCCGCAGGUCCUGCACAAGGACGGUACGGUCGAUACUGCAGACAACGACUCCACGAGCAAUGACAAGAAAGAGGAGGUAUAG